AUCCAGGGACCAAUCGCUCUGCAUGAACAGCUCUAGAAGCCUAGUAUUGUGAGAUCCAACCCCAACGUAAAUAUUUCAGAAUUGACCAAAAGCAGAGAUUGCAGGGUAAUUCAAAACCACUAGAAACGGAAUAUAGGCAACAUUUUCAAAGAGCUAUCAACUUUUAUCCCACUGGAUGUAGGCUACCUGGGGACAAUGUAGAGCGCGUUUUUUUGUUGUCAGUGUGGGUUGGAACAGGUGAAUUGCAAGUAGCAACAAUAUCAAGGACCACCAAGAACAACAAAAAUUUACAACAGUCAGACAUCUGAAGGUUCUGCUGAAUUCCAUGGAUCGGACACUCAAGAGGCUUCAUCUCCUUCUGCUCCCGACCGCUGUCACUUUCUGGCCUCUCCCCUUCUCUAUGGCUACCAGCGUGGCCCCAGGGGGAUGUGGCUCCAAUGUAGGCUCCCUGUACUAUAGCCUGUGUGACCUCAGUGCCGUAUGGGGCAUCGUACUGGAGUCAUUCGCGGCGGCUGGCGUGGUGGGUUCCAUCAUCCUCCUCAUCGUCCUCCUGGCCAGCCUACCAUUCAUCACAGACAAGAACAAGAGGAGCUCCGUGGGGCUCCAUGCCUGCUUCCUGAUCUGUACCCUGGGCCUCUUCUGCCUCACUUUCUCCUUCAUCGUAGGGAAGGACUUCGCCACCUGUGCCUCGCGGCGCUUCCUCUUCGGGGUGCUGUUCGCUGGGUGCUUCACGUGUCUUCUCAUGCAGUGUGUGAGGCUGAACCUCCUGGCCUGCAGGGGGGAUCAGGGGCCCCGGGCCUGGGUUCUGUGUCUGGGAGCCCUGGGGCUCUGGCUGGUGGAGGUGGUCAUUAACACAGAGUGGCUGAUCAUUACCAUUGUUCGCUACCCACUGUCACCGCUCAACGUUACUGGGACAGCACUAGGCACGGCCGCCGACGUGCCCUGUAACAUCGCCAACCAGGACUUUGUAAUGGCGCUGAUCUACGUACUGAAUCUUCUCCUAGCUGUCGUAGUGGCAUCCUUACCCUCCCUGUGCGGGAAACACAAGCAGAGACGCCAGGAGGGAGCAAUACUCCUCGUCACGGGUCUCCUCUCUGUGUUCAUCUGGGUGGCCUGGAUCACCAUGUACGUCUGGGGGAACCUGAGGACCGGUGGACCCAGCUGGGAUGACCCUACCCUGGCCAUCGCCCUGGUCAGCAACGCCUGGGUGUUCCUGGUCCUCUACACCAUCCCAGAGAUCUGCUCUCUGACUCAGGAGGACGGGGGGGCGUCGGGGUUUAGAGAGGACCUGUACCCCAGUAGAGGGGUGGGCUACGAGACCAUCCUGAAGGAUCAAGGAGCGCAGAAUAUGUUUAUGGAGAACAAGGCUUUCUCUAUGGAUGAAAACUCAGGUCCGAAGGUUGUGUCCCCAUACAGUGGCUACAGUGGUCAGCUCCGCAGUUCUGUCUACCAGCCCACAGAGCUAGCUAUCAUUAGCAAGGGAAUGGGGAAUCAGGAAAUGUCCUAUGAGUCUCGCAUCCCCCGAGCCUCCAUCAACAACAGCUCCCCGGCCCACAGAGGGGGCAGUACCCUGUCAGUAUGCACCGACAAGGCCGCAGACGCACAGGCACAACAGGGCCACAGUGGUAAUGGACUACACAAGAAAUCCCAGUGGUGAACACAGACUUUACGUUACACCUCUCUCCUCAAGACAUUUUUGUUCAUCCAUUUUAUUCAAAUCUGUUGACUCUAUUUUGCUGUUUUCCAUUGGAUUCUUAAUAUGAGCUGGCUCUAAAGCGACCAGCCUAUCAGACUCCAGAGGUGACAUUUGGGUGAUCGAUACAAACAAUUUGCCUAUCUAUAAAUGGACAGUCCUGCACAGCAAAAUCAAUGGUGUACUUUUAACUCUGAAAGUGUUAAAUGCACACUAUUUUCAGUGAACAUAUGAGUCCCACUGAACUGGUGUUAAUAUAACACUUUUGAAACUGUUAAAGAUUGAACUCUGUUGCAGUGUUCCCCAUUCAACUCUUAAACUGUUCAUAGGAACUUGAUUGUGGUGUUUGCAUAGCUCUACUGUAGAGUAUUAUGCAACACCUACAGAGUAAAACGUAACACUAGACAAAUUUGCUUAUUUCCCAGAGUGCCUUUUCUUUUCAAGUGAAUUGUAAAGUUACCACCCAUGACUGUAUUUGUUAACGAUAGAGACAUGCUUACUGAAUUUAAUUUAAAAGGCCUGUAGCUUUCACCUACUGAGUAUCUAAAACUAUGACUCUAUGAUAGUACAUGUAUCAUGACCUAGUUUCAUCCUAACACAGAGGCGUUAAGAAAGUCAUGGUUUGCACACCAGAUCAGGCCUGCAAAUUACAUUAUGCUGGCUCUCAAAGUGAUGUGUAAUUCCUAUUGAAAUCCAGCCAGAGUUGGGAUAUACUAUAGUUAAAAUUGUUAUUCACUGUCAGGGUUUUUCUUCUUUUGAAAAGUGAUAAGACUACCUAAACCAUUUAAACUGAAACAACAAUUUUAGUAACGGGUGCAAUAAAUUUAACUAAGUGAUUGGAUUAGUUUAGAAAAAUGUAUGUUAUUUAUCUUUGUGUAGUUUAAGAUUAAUCAAUCAAUGUACAUGUAAAAACACAGACAUUAAAAGCAAUCCUAAAAAAUCUACCUGCAGUAGAGCAUGCUGGGAAAUAUGAUAAUGAUAGGCGUGCUUUUGAUGGGACUGUUUAACUCUCCACAGUGUAAAACAAUAACUAUGCUUAUUAACACUAACAGUUGGGGAUAUUUUACCCAACUGAGUGUUAAAUUCACUCUGUAAGAGUGAAAGUAUCUACUGAAUAAACACAAGAAAAGUUACACUGAAAAAUCAACACUGGCCAAUUUGCUGUGUGUGUUUGACAUAACCCUCUAUAGAUCAAAGCAACCUGCAGUUAAAGCAACCCACAGAGCAGACGGUAUACCCAUGGCUUAGGGAAAAAACAAUAUAUUUUGUUAAGGUUACCAUUCCUCUCACUGUGAGCUGAGCUAAGCUCUCCGCUGGACGUACUGUGACAGAUGAACUGUGAGCAUGCUGGAAUGGUGGGAAAUUAUAGUCAGACUUUGUCUCUGCAUGGGGGGGUAUUUUGUCAACAAAGGUGGCUAUAUAGUGAACACACACACACACACACACACACUCAGAUGGAAGUGCAGCCAACGACAAGAUCAGUCAAGCGAGCGGCCAACAGGUGUGACGGUGUCAUGGGAUUUACCUGCCAUCCCUGGGUUCCCAGAGGAGGACUCAUUAAGAAUGGAAAAUUCCAUUUCUGGAAUAUCUCUAUGGUUCCAUGGAAUCUUGGGAAAGGACUCUUCUGUCUCUGGGAUACCAACUAAUAUGAAUACACUUAGUUAUAGGUUAAGCAUUCAAAUAGUGUGCACUUGCUUGCUUUAAAUGAAGUAAGGGCCAAUAUUAUUAAAUCAAAAUCCAAUCAAAUCUAAGUUUAUUUGUCACGAGCGCCGAAUACAACAGGUGUAGACCUUACAGUGAAAUGCUUACUUAUGAGCCCAUUCCCAACAGUGCAGUUUUAAGAAAAUACCUAAAAACUGUCAAUGUUUAGUGCUUAGCUUGUGGAUAUCACUUUCAUAAAGUUCACAUAGCUAUUUCAGUUGUAGCUAAAGGGUGUUGAAUGAGUUCAUGUAAAUACCAUGCCAAUGAAUGUCUCCUCACUACAUACUGUAUGUAUGGAAGCACUUGUAUGAACUGUUGUAUGAAUUUGAAAUAUAUUUUUAACAUAGCUAUUUACAGUACUUACUUUUUUAUCAAAUCAGAUUUGAGCCUACACUUGUAAUUGCAAUCCUGAAAUGUAAAUCUAAUAUGAAGUUUAAAAACCAUAAUUAAUUAUUUGAAUGCACAUUCUGUAUCAACAACCAUUAAUGUCCCAAAUAAUAAAGAUUCACUGGUGAAA